AUGUCGGAACUGUUUCGAGCACACAACGACGGUCUUGCAAUCACCAGGAUCCCGCCGGAAAUCCUUUGCCAGAUAUUCCUAUACUACGUGUCCGAACAACGGCAUUCUCACACAGUGGGUCGGGACUGGAUCUACAUUACGCACAUCUGCCAUCAUUGGCGACUCGUCGCUCUCGACCUUGCGAAUCUAUGGACCGAAAUUGGUAGCGGUCCGCUCGAGUUCAACGAGCUAUUGCUCUCUAGAUCGAAGCAAGCUUCUUUGAAACUCGUUGUCCCAUAUCUCGAGCCGCCAGAUAUAAUUCCGAAGGCUUUCAAGGAGGCUCACCGUUUGGAAACGGUAGACAUCUCCUCAGUAUUCGAAUACCCGCCAUUGCCAGAUAGUCUAUUCGCACCCCGACUGCACUCUAUUGCGUUAACACAUUGGGGACAGGCAACGAGCUUGUCUCCGCAUUUUCAGAAUUAUGAUAUGCCUAGAUUGGGGAGAGUCAAGCUCGCCGGCUAUGAAAUAAAUUGGUCCAGCCGCCUUUUCUGUCCUACCUUGACCUCUCUGGAUAUCUCCGAUGUAAUUGUGCAUCCUGGACUGGAGGAAACCCUCUACGCGUUGUCCAAACUCCCCAAACUCACAUUUCUCAGCUUGAACAAUAUCUUCCCGACGGAUUCGCGUGUCAAGCCAGUAUCAGCUGACGUCGACGUCGCCCUUCCCCUUCUCGAGGUAUUAAAAUUAUCAUGCGGACCAGGCGUUAUGGCGUCCUUCCUCUCGCAUGUAUUGUUGCCUGCCAAUGUUCGUUUACUUCUUCAGACACAUACGACUAGCCAUCGUCCUGUGUCUGGCCUUGCUUCCAUCUUGUCUUCCCAUCUUGUCGCUUUGCAAGAGUUGGAGAAUGGAAAGUCAUUGAUCUGCGCCGGAGUGAACAUCGUAGGGAACAGAAUGGAAUUGAAGUCAUAUAUUGAAGAAGAGUCCACGCGAGAGGAGCCGAUAUUCGAGAUCGCAGUGGUUUGUAGGGAUGGCGUGGACAUGGAGGACGUAAUGGAGAACCUCUUUGGUCAAUUUCCCCUUGGUGCCGUUCGCGUCUUUCGCAUGGGUUGCGUUCCGUGUUUCGUAAAUGUCCUUUCGGCAUUUCAAGAAUUCCUCAAUCGCAUGGUGGACCUUAAAGAGUUACACGUUGACGGUUCAUCAAUAACAUGGCUCGCCUAUAUUUUAUGGUAUCGGCCCUACGACGGAGUGUCUGUCUGCUCCCCGUCUUCACGAACAAUCCCUCUGCCUCAUUUGCAAGUCCUCAGCAUUGAAGAAGCGACACUUCCUCGAGCGUGGGGGAAUGACUCGUCCUAUCUUCAUCGGCAUCUAGCUGAUGCUUUCCUUUCUCGCAAGGGGCAUAGUCCAUGCUUCACCACUCUUGUCCUCAAGAAUCACCACACUCAUGGAGAUGCUACCAAGACGAAAGUCCUCUUACACGCCCUUGUCGAGAUGUGCGGAGACCAGUCCACGAUAUCAUGCACUUCGAAGGACAUUGGGAACUCCGUUGUAUAUACGCUCCAUAAGUGUUCUCAUGCUUUGGAGCGGCCUUUGACGGCAACGAUGAAUACUCGGAGUCGCCAUAGGUGGUGCGGAUUCACGUCGUUCGGUUUCAAUUUUCCGACGUUCAAGUUGAUGCUGACGGCGUACGUCGUGUCCUGGGUUGCAAAGCUUGUCCCAUAACUUCGUUUCUGUUUUCCCUUGUGCAUUGUCAGGGUGCCGUGCGAGAGUGUACUCA